GUCACUAGUAUGAUACGGCUAUUACACUUUCUAAACUCAUGAUCGUUGUUGAUCGUGCUGUUUCGUCAGCCGUUGCAGAAUCUUCUUGAGCCGCGAGUCAAUCGAAGUAAAUCAUGGCAACGAUUGCUAUACCGGUAGCAUUACGGUUUAGUCGUAUGACAAUUGAUAGUUUAUAUCAAAUAAAUAAAUGUGGCUUAAACAAAUUGCCACAAGCAUUUGUUUUUCCAUGGAAAAGACAAUAUUAUAGUACAAUAACAGAAGAGAAAAAACCAAAUACUGGAGAGUCUCCGGUACAAGAAUGCACCGAAAGUGAGAAGAAACUAAAAACAGACUUGGAACUCAUCAACAAAGAACUUACUGAACUUAAAGAAUCCAAGGAUGUGAUUGAAGAUAAAUAUAAAAGAGCAUUGGCAGAAGGAGAAAAUAUCAGAGUUAGACUGACUAAGCAGAUCAAUGAUGCCAAACUCUUUGGCAUCCAAGGUUUCUGCAAAGAUCUUUUAGAUGUAGCUGAUGUACUAGGAAAAGCUACCGAAAGUGUACCAAAGGAUGAAAUAACAGAGAAAAAUCCACAUUUGAAAAGUUUAUAUGAAGGAUUAAUAAUGACAGAAGCACAAUUACAUAAAGUGUUCAAGAAGCAUGGCUUAAUUUCAUUAAAUCCAAUUGAUGAGAAAUUUGAUCCUAAUCAACAUGAAGCACUAUUUCAACAAGAGGUUGAAGGUAAAGAAGCUGGAACAAUUGUAGUUGUAUCAAAAAUAGGAUACAAAUUGCACGAAAGAAUAAUAAGACCUGCAUUAGUAGGUGUUGCUAAAGGAUAACUAUUUAAUACAAAAAUUGAUAAGACAUUCAUUUGAUGUAAAUUGUUAAAUAAUAUAAAAUCUAAUAUAGAA